AUGAACACACCUGCGGGUGAGCUUAUGAACAUCUGUAGUCAUGCGGAGUACACAUGUGAAGCUUUACAUUUAGAACACCCGCUCAGUCUGUGUUUCUUCGGGGGCUCUCUCCUGAUCACUCUGUUGUUGACGCACAUAAAGGAAAAUUCAGACUUUAAGACAAAGCUAAACAUAGCCUCACUGAUGGCGCUCGUCAACUUCCUAGCAGCAGCAUCUGUGUUCAAAACAUAUGUCUACUCUGUAAAAAGAGACGCCAUCACACUUAUCACGACGAGUGAGGUGCGGUUCAUGAUCAAACACGUUUUCAAGAACAUAACAUUCUACACACACGAAAAGUCCUAUAUGGAGAAUUGCAACUCCAUGGAAAAAGUUAUGGAUAAAUUUGACGUCUUCGUGAUAGCCCACUUGGGAGGCUGGUUCGUCAAGACACUGGCCGUUCGAAAUUUUUUCGUGCUAAAUUUAAAUAGUGUAUUAUUCGAACUGAUAGAAUUAAGAUUUCAGCAUAUUUUGCCCAACUUUUACGAGUGUUGGUGGGACCACAUCAUAUUAGACGUCCUUGGGUGUAAUCUGGCGGGAAUACUCAUGGGCUUGUACUUUAUGAAGUGGCUAAAUAUUCCACUGUUCCCCUGGAGGGUUCCAGACAAAUUUAAAGCGAAUAAAAAGGGCAUCAUGUUUCCAAGUGUAGAUAGACUGUUAAGGAAGAUGUUUAAGAAUAGCAGCUCCCUGCUGCUGAUAGUUUUCUUCUCCCUGAUGGCGAAUCUGAACGAUUUAAACAUAUUUUUUUUAAAAGCCGAAUUGCAUUUGAUACAAACGAAUUUUUUAGUAGUCAUACGGGAAUUAAUCGUCGUCAUAAUUUCGAUUAACGGGUCCAUACAGCUACACCACACUUUUACAGAACGGAUAACCCCCAAACGCCUUUACGAUGUCCUUGCUUCAUCGACAAUUCUCUUUUUAGAACUUUAUUUGGCCAUAAGGUGGAAACACAACUUGGUGUCGGACAAGUCUGACCUUACUAUAAUUAACAUGAUUUGGCUUUCGAUAGGUUCAACGGUUUCUUCGGCGAUAGUACUUCUUUUCGCCAACGAGAGCUUAAUUUAG